GCCCCUACGCCGGAAAAACCUUUCCGACGUCAGACGCUGGGCGGGGCCGGGGGCGAGGCCUAGUCCCUGCGGCCGGUGACUGACUGGGAAUGUUCGGGCUGCGGAGAGCCGUGUGCUGGGGUCUCCGGUCAGGCCCCGGCCUGGUGUUAGCAGCGCGGCAGCCGUGUGUGGGGGAGAGGAGGCCGGCUGCAGGCUCAAGUCUUAUUCAUGUGGCAAGAACAUAUGCUGUGAUGAAAGAUGGAGUCCCAAGCCAAUUGGAUGACUUGUCUCCUACAAUGCUUAAAAAGCCAUAUGUUGGGGUUCAAAGUGUAGAACGGGUUGAUGAUGUUGUUAAACGAUUAUUGUCCCUAGAUAUGGCGAGCCAGUCUGAUAAAGUCAAGAUUAAAAUACAGCAACUUGUGGACAAAGUGAAGAGAACUCCUGAUGACACCACAUCUGCAGAAGUCCACAUUGCUGCCUUGACGGCCAGGAUCCAAAAUUUCAAGGAACAUGUUCAAAAGUCUCCAAAGGAUAAGGCAAAUAAGAGAAGGAUGCUGAUGGCGAUAGAUCGGCGCAAGAAGAUAUUAAAGUUCCUGCGUCGGACCCAGUACGAUGCAUUUGAACAUGUAUGUACACAGCUUGGCAUUGAGUACACCUUCCCUCCAGAGUACUACAGGCGGGCGACUAAAAGAUGGAUUGCGAAGAAAGCUUUCUGCUUGAAGGUAUAUCAAGAAGGGAAGAAGCUGAAGGCUGCAGGACUAUUUAAAAAGAAAACCCAUAGACCGAAUGCUAGAGUUCCCCUUUACGUGUUCCCUUCUGCGGAAAGCUGAAUUGGCACUGCAUUUCUGUUACACUGCGCAAACCUACCUACAGCAUUCUGCAAAGCUUUCAUCAAGUGCCGAUGCGUGUCUUGGAUUAUAUACUUGUCCCAUCUUAUACCAACGGAUGAAAGCUCUGUAUUUUUGCAUUUAAAUAUAGACUUUAAGGUUUACCUACUUCACACGUGAUUGUGCUGUUGUCCAAAUUGUUCUAAAAUAAAUGUUAAUUUUGUUACA